AAGGGGCGCGCGCGGGGGCAGGGGAAGCGCGGGCGGGAUUUCCGGCGUGCGGGGCGCGCGCGCGGCGGGGCGGGAGCGGCCGCGCGAGCCGGGGCUGCGGGACGGCCACGCCACUUCCGCCUCCGCCGCCGCGUGAGGGGCCGGGACCGCCGGGAGCGGCUCCGGGAGCGCCGGGAAUUCCAGGAGCAGCGCCGGGAGCGGCCCAGCCGGGAGCGCGGCGGAGGAACCGCCGCCCAGCGCAGCCCCGCGCCGGCCGCCGCAGCCCCGAGCGGCUGCGCCCCAGCUCCAUGAAUGGAAAUCGGCAGCGCAGGACCCGUGGGGGCACAGCCCCUGCUCAUGGUGCCCAGACGUCCCGGCUAUGGCACCAUGGGCAAACCCAUUAAACUGCUGGCCAACUGCUUCCAAGUUGAAAUCCCAAAGAUUGAUGUCUACCUCUAUGAGGUGGAUAUCAAACCAGAUAAGUGUCCUCGGAGGGUGAACAGGGACGUGGUGGACUCUAUGGUGCAGCAUUUUAAAGUGACAAUAUUUGGGGACCGUAGACCAGUUUAUGAUGGGAAAAGAAGCCUCUAUACAGCCAAUCCACUUCCUGUGGCCACUACUGGGGUGGAUUUGGAUGUGACACUACCUGGAGAAGGUGGAAAAGAUCGUCCCUUCAAAGUGUCAAUAAAGUUUGUUUCUCGGGUGAGCUGGCACUUGCUGCAUGAAGUUUUGACAGGAAGAACCUUGCCUGAGCCUCUGGAACUAGACAAACCUAUCAGCACUAACCCUGUUCAUGCUGUCGAUGUGGUGCUACGACACCUCCCUUCCAUGAAGUACACCCCUGUGGGCCGCUCCUUCUUCUCAGCUCCAGAAGGCUACGACCACCCCCUGGGAGGGGGCAGGGAGGUCUGGUUUGGCUUCCAUCAGUCAGUCCGACCUGCCAUGUGGAAAAUGAUGCUCAACAUCGAUGUUUCUGCCACUGCCUUCUACAAAGCACAACCCGUAAUUCAGUUCAUGUGUGAAGUCCUUGACAUUCAUAAUAUUGAUGAACAACCAAGACCUCUGACUGAUUCUCAUCGGGUAAAAUUCACCAAAGAGAUAAAGGGUCUAAAGGUAGAAGUGACUCACUGUGGGACAAUGAGAAGGAAGUACCGUGUCUGUAACGUAACGAGACGGCCUGCAAGUCAUCAAACCUUUCCUUUACAGCUAGAAAAUGGCCAGACUGUGGAGAGGACAGUAGCACAGUAUUUCAGAGAGAAAUACAACCUCCAGCUGAAAUACCCUCACCUUCCUUGUCUGCAAGUGGGACAGGAACAAAAACACACCUACCUGCCUUUAGAAGUGUGUAACAUCGUGGCUGGCCAGAGGUGCAUCAAGAAGCUCACAGACAAUCAGACCUCGACCAUGAUCAAAGCAACAGCCAGGUCUGCCCCAGACAGGCAGGAGGAGAUCAGCAGACUGGUGAGAAGCGCAAAUUAUGAUGCAGAUCCAUUUGUGCAAGAGUUCCAGUUCAAAGUGAGGGAUGAGAUGGCCCAUGUGACAGGACGUGUGCUCCCAGCCCCGAUGCUGCAGUACGGAGGACGGAAUCGAACCGUGGCAACACCAAGCCACGGCGUGUGGGACAUGCGAGGGAAGCAGUUCCACACUGGGGUGGAGAUCAAGAUGUGGGCCAUAGCUUGCUUUGCAACACAGAGACAGUGCAGAGAAGAAAUUCUGAAGGGUUUCACAGACCAGCUGCGCAAGAUCUCCAAGGACGCCGGCAUGCCCAUCCAGGGCCAGCCCUGCUUCUGCAAGUAUGCCCAGGGUGCAGACAGCGUGGAGCCCAUGUUCAGACACCUCAAGAACACCUAUUCAGGGCUCCAGCUCAUCAUUGUCAUCCUGCCAGGGAAGACGCCUGUGUAUGCGGAGGUGAAGCGCGUGGGAGAUACGCUGUUGGGGAUGGCCACACAGUGUGUUCAGGUCAAGAACGUCAUUAAAACAUCUCCACAGACCCUCUCAAAUCUGUGCCUGAAGAUUAAUGUUAAACUAGGAGGAAUCAACAACAUCCUUGUACCUCAUCAACGACCUUCUGUGUUCCAGCAGCCAGUGAUCUUUUUGGGAGCUGAUGUCACUCACCCUCCAGCUGGAGAUGGAAAGAAGCCUUCCAUUGCUGCUGUUGUAGGCAGCAUGGAUGCCCAUCCCAGCCGGUACUGUGCCACGGUGAGGGUCCAGCGGCCCCGGCAGGAGAUCAUCCAGGACCUGGCCUCCAUGGUCAGGGAGCUGCUCAUCCAAUUCUACAAAUCAACACGCUUCAAACCCACCAGGAUCAUCUUCUACAGGGACGGGGUCUCGGAGGGACAGUUCCGACAGGUUUUGUAUUAUGAACUGCUGGCCAUUAGAGAAGCCUGCAUCAGUUUGGAGAAGGAUUACCAGCCUGGAAUAACCUACAUUGUGGUGCAGAAGCGACAUCAUACACGGCUAUUCUGUGCUGACAGAACAGAAAGGGUUGGACGAAGUGGCAAUAUUCCAGCUGGGACAACUGUAGAUACAGACAUUACACACCCCUACGAGUUUGAUUUUUACCUCUGUAGCCAUGCUGGAAUACAGGGAACCAGCCGUCCCUCCCACUACCACGUGCUGUGGGAUGACAACUGCUUCACAGCAGACGAGCUGCAGCUGCUGACGUACCAGCUGUGCCACACGUACGUGCGCUGCACCCGCUCCGUCUCCAUCCCAGCCCCAGCCUACUACGCUCACCUGGUGGCAUUCAGAGCACGCUACCACCUCGUGGACAAGGAACACGACAGUGCUGAAGGGAGCCACGUGUCAGGACAGAGCAACGGGCGAGACCCGCAGGCCCUGGCGAAGGCUGUACAGAUUCACCAAGACACCUUACGCACGAUGUACUUCGCUUAAGUCAAUGACCCGGGAGACACUCACCGAGAGGAGAACUGAGAAUUAAGCCACAUACAAUGUAUGUUUCCAGGGGGUUGGUUUAGGGGCUGUGCCUCCCAUCGUGCUGGAGCUGACGCUGUGCAGGGGCGAGAGGCUCACCCUUAAAUUGACACGAGGAAGAUUGUUUACUUCAUCCAGGAACACAGCACUAUUAUGCAAUAUGAAACCAGCCAACUGCUUUUUUGGGGCGGGCUCCCGUGGGAAGCACCGCCAUCAUUUUUUUUUUAAUUAUUAUUUCUCGUAGUUUAACCCUCUUCUGCCUUUACCUCAAGUUGCUCGGCAGCACAACUAUUGUUGCAAAAAAAAAAAAAAUAGUAAUAAUAAACUAAAAUCUAUUGUGUAAUUUAAAACAAAAAAACAAACCACCUUUUAAGAACAAUCACAGUGAUUGUUUGGAGAAGGGAAGUGUGCAAAAAAGAAAAUAAGUUUUUAACCCCCGUGCAUUGAGGAAUCUUUCAGUAUUGCCAUCGAGCAUUCGAAUGUGAACAUAUCCAAGUGCAUUGGAAUGUACAGCACUAGCUAGGAAGCAGUGAGGGGGGGAAGAUGUUUUGCACACUAAUCCAAUAAUUUGAACCUAAUUUAGCCAACGGCUGCCUUUGUGUCUUUUCUCACAGCUUUGGAGUUCUCAGCUCCAAGAGUUCCCUUUCAAAAGCAAUCCAAGAAGCUCGUGGUUCAUGUGCAGGCAGUAGUGACCCAACUCUUCUUGCUCCCUGGGGGAAUUUACUAAAGCUGCUGUUUUACCUAGUCCAAAAGUUUCAAUUUUUUCCUAUCUGGCAAAUCAAAUCUGUUGAAGCUUCACGUGAGAUCUGAUGUCCCAGGAUUUCUGGGAUGACAUACAGUAACCACCAGAACUGAAACUUUAGAGCUAAGGUCUUUUUGGAAAAAAAAAAAGAAACCUGCUACUUUACUUGCUGCCUCUCACACCUUAAUGUGAUUCAUAUGUAUGUGUGUUUGAAGUUUAGCUUCCUUUUGUUUCUUUUAUAUUUAUUAGAGUAAUAAUAAUGCUUUAAUUUAAUUAUUACAGAACAUAUGGUCAACAUCAACUUUUAUUUUUUAGAAAUGUAAUCAUGUUUAUUUUUAAAAAAAAAAGAAACUGACAACUUGUUUUGCUAUCUUUUAGUGCAAUAAGCAUUCUAAAGAAAAACUGUGUCCAUUGAGCUGUACUGAAGCAGUGUCUGUACCACGGACUGUGGGAGAAUGGACACCUCCAGGAUUUUAAAAGGACAAAGUAAAAGCCUUAAUUUUGAAAGGAAAGUUUUAUAGUCAGAAGGAAUCUUGAAUUUUCCUUUUUUAAAUCAAAAAAAUAUAUAAAAAAUGCUUCUAGACUUCUGCAAGCUUUAAUUGUCGCUGCAGUCUUUUGAUUUAACAAAGGAAUUGGCCUUAUUUUUGGCUUUGAAAUGUGGAGCAUAUUUGAAUUAAAUGGACAGGGUUUUGUAUUAAGAUCUCAGUUUUUACAUGCUUAGUUAAACCUAUUUGACAUCAGUAAAAUGUCUGGGAUUAAUAAAAGUUUUUAGGCUUUUUUCCUCUUUGAUAGUGACUUUCCUUUUAAAAUUAAGUUAUUGGUAACUUCAUUUCACUUUGCAAAUAAAGAGGGCUGGGAUAGUUCUAACAUGUUAAAUCACCGAAAUGUGAAACAAACCAAUGGGACUCUUUCAUUCCACUUUAAAACCAAUGUUUAAGAUGUCAGAGACGAGCGUUUAUUCAACGAGGGGACUGGGGAGUUUUGCACUUUGUAAACUCGUGAACUGCAUUUUUGACUGUUUUUAUUUGCACUGGUUCAUAGUAUAUUUACUGCAGCUGUUUGUAUGGGCAUUGCUGUGAUCCCAGCCCUCCCGACCUCCACCUGCUCUCACAUGAAAACCUGGUUGGUCUAAGUAGCUUCUCUCCUCAUCCUCACCAAAUCCGCUGUUUUUGCCAAUAUACUGUAUUUUGAGCCUAAAAUCUGAGCCCAUUUUGCUUCACCAGGCAUGAACCCCUCUUUUUUCUGCCAGAAAAACCAAGUACUGUAUUUUGUGCGUUUUGUAUAUUGUAUGGAAAUGUCCGUAGUGCUGUUCACAACACUGUCUGCAAGAGCUUUACUAACAGCUGGUGUAGAUACCUAUCUUAUCUCUUCAAAUCAAGGAAAAUAAUGUAAAAUACUAACUUAGGAAAGCUAAAAAUGCACUGGAAACAGUGGUGGGGGUUGGGCAUGGCUGGGGGUGCUCAGAGGGGAGCUGGGGGUGGCUGGGGACCCCUGGAGCCUGGGGGUCCCAGCUCAGAGUCCCUGUGAGUGCCUUUGGACACGCCUGGUGCAGGGAGGGGGCUGCAACAGAGUCCUUUGAGCAAGGUGAUUUCUCAGUGAGUCUUUCAGAUGUUUUUUCCCAGUCUGUGACCUGACACUUUUCUCCUAAAGCUCUCUAAAGUAGCAGUGUGCCGUUUGUAAAAGGUUCAGCUUAAGCUUUAUACAGAAAUUUCUUUUGAAACUGAGAACUUUUUUUUUUUUUUUUUUGAACAAAAACUAUUUUACAAAGAGUUCUUGUGGACUUCUGGCAUUUAGCUGAAAAUUCCUUUUUACAAAGCCUUCUAACUCUCCUUUCAAAGCCGCUUCUCAUACUGCCCACGCUCGGUGACUUGGAUUUGAGAAGCUUUUUUUGCUCACUACUUUCACCAAAAAACUAAAGAAACUUCAUUGGCAAAGUGACUUCAGUUGUCAAGGUAACAUUGUACCUGGUUUUCAUGUGAAGAGUAUUUGGAAGUUUUAAUCUCUCUUCUUGGUUUUGCAAAUAUCUACGUCAAGUGCCGAUACUUCUUUGUAUUACGAUAUCAAGUUACUGACGUUGUGAGGGCCACACAUUUAUGAUGCUGUAGCUGCUAUAUUUAUUUAAAUGGAGAUGGACAAUUACUGCACUAAGGAAUGAGGAGAAAAGCAAGGAAUCAAGGUUAGUUAGAUAUCUUGGUUUUUUUUUUCAAAAGAGAAUUAAUGGUGUGAAAUAUCAAGUGUAACAAAGGGUGCUGUCAUUUUAACUGAGAUUAAAUAGCCAGAUAUUCUUCUUUUGUUUAAAAACAUAUAUAUUUUGAUGUUUGCAGUUUGGGGGUGGGGGGUCGGGAUAAAUGGUACCUCAUCUGUGGUGGCAGUUUCCAGUAUAUUUUCAGAGUAUAUGGAUUUCUUUUAUUUUUGUACCUGCUCUCCUUGAAAAAGAAAAAAAAAAAAAUUCUCAAAUUUUAUGUGCUGUUUGAGGAAAUCUUGAGUGGCACAGCAGAUCCCCCUCUCCGGCCAGGAGCUGGCUGUGGAUAGUCCAAAGAGGGACGUGGGCACAGGCUGAUGGCUUUUCUUGCUUUGCAGACACUCGGGUUUCUGCCUGUGGAGAAAAGCAAUUUCUGUCUCCUCAGACACUGCACCGAGACCUCACUUGUACUGAACAAGUGCCACUAAGUGCUCCCGUGGUGGGGACACCCCCAGGGCAUCACCGAGCCCCUCCUCACCCAGCCAGCCCUGCCCAAACCUCCCCACCUGGCCACUGCUAGAUCCAGAGCUGGAGAGAAUCACAGAAUGUUUGUGGUUGAGGCGUUAAACUCGCGACAUUUGCCAACAGGAGGAGUGACUCCACUGUAAGUCGCCUUUUUUUCCCUUUCUAGGGAUUUGAGCCGUGGCCAUUUGACUCAGGAUCGCUGUGUCACUGUUCCAUGUGUCAUCUGGUUACACGUGUCCAAAAAGUUAUUUUUAUAGGAUUCAUUCCGGUGUUCUUUUAGGAGUUUGGCCACAGAAAUGGUUUUUCAGGAGUAAAAUGGGUUUCUGGAAGUUGUCAGUCAAAUUAUUUCAAGAUGCUCUUGGUCCUUAAUGAAUUUCACUUCUUUAUGUAGAAAUACUUGUCCUGUAAAAUGCUCAACAUGAGAUACCAUGUAGUCUGCUGUAAAAAUUCCAGCUACAAGUACUGGUUUUCUACUAGUCUUAAAGUUCACUCUGAUGAAAUUCCAAGCUCAAGCUUGAGGCCUUUUUUUUUUCCCCUUUUUCUUACACCUUCUUCAUAUCUUGUCCACUUUUGGUAUUUUCUCUGUUUUGUGAACUGAGGGUUCAGAACCUUACUCAAAGCACUUUUAUAACCAAGGAAUCAAAAGCUCAGAUUAUGUGUGUUGGACCUGUAAAUUCAGUUUUCAAAGGUGGUUGUUUCUAAAUGGCCAUCGUGGUCUCUUGUCAGGCCAGGCAGAUGCUCUGUCCCUUUCAGUGCUGUGGAGUUUCAUGACUGCUACUGGCAGGUUGAUUGGAUUUAGUGAAAAAUUCCAUAGGGGUGUCAAAGGGAAAGAUUUCUGUCUGUCUUUUCUACCCAAAGAUGGUACUUUAGGUUGAUGCUGUGUGUUUGGAAUAUAAUUUUUGGUUUGGCACAUGUUGAAAUCAAACUUCACUUAGCCAACUCACUCCUUGUUUUUGUAAAAUAUCGUGGUUAGAGCUUGAGCUCUUUGAUGCUUUCUGCUGGUAGAAGAUUUUGUACUUUCUGUAGUUGAGGUAUGAGCAAGACGGAUACAGGAUCCUACAUCUUACCUCCCAAGCAGAAUCUUAAAAAUCCUGAUCCCCGUGACACUAAAACCCAAAUUGUUGUCCCCUGAGUAGACAAAGGUGCAUAUGGAGGGGAAGGAGUUGGAAGGGAGAGGCGUGCGAGGGAAAAUAUCAAAGCAUUGGUUUGGCAGGAAUGAGGGUGUUGGGGAGGCUCCAUCCACUUUCCAUCCCACAUGCCCUGGCCUUUCACAUCCUGUCUGAGGUACCCCCUCACCUGACACGGGUUGUUACCGUAGGGUCCUUUUCAAACAAAGCAGUUCCACUGUUUAAAACUUGGAGUGACUUUUAUUUUUUUUAAGCAAGACAGUCCUCAGAAAGUGCCUUUUUAGAAGAUGGUGCUGUAGAUUUUUAUUUUCCAGUUGUACGUGGCUGCAAAUUUAAGAUAAAUUGUUGAAAAUGCCAAGCGUUUGAUGGUAUCUUUUAGGUACUUUCAAACAUCAGCUUCUCUGAGUCAGGACCAAGAAUAACCAGGAAGGUGUUUUCCUUUGGAGGGAGAGGCAUUGAGGAGCGAUCACCAAAUUCAGCUGCUGGGCUGGGGUUAGGUUGGGUUUGGUCAGUGGGAUUUACCUCUUCAUAUUGAGGGGGGCUGGGGGUUUGGGGUGUGGGAGGAGCCGUGGGGACCGGACUGGUGCCGAAAGGAAUCUGUAAAUCCAUCUUCUCUUAGGGGAAACACGAUCCUAAAGAUGGAGACAAACUGAAGAGGGGUGUCUUAGGAGGAUGUGUUAAGGGUGGCCUGGGAGAUGGUUGGUCCUCACAUGGCUUGUGUGUGUUUGGGAUGGAUCUCGGGGUGUUCUGGUUGCCAGCUGGGAGCUGGAUGCUCUGGAUGGGAGCUGGAUGCUCUCUGGAUGGGAGCUGGAUGCUCUCUGGAUGGGAGCUGGAUGCUCUGGAUGGGAGCUGGAUGCUCUCUGGAUGGGAGCUGGAUGCUCUGGUUGGGAGCUGGAUGCUCUCUGGGUGGGAGCUGGAUGCUCUCUGGGUGGGAGCUGGAUGCUCUCUGGGUGGGAGCUGGAUGCUCUCUGGGUGGGAGCUGGAUGCUCUCUGGGUGGGAGCUGGAUGCUCUCUGGAUGGGAGCUGGAUGCUCUGGAUGGGAGCAGUUUGGUAGCUGGGCGUGGAGGGGAUGGGUCCAUGGUGGGUUUGGUGAGCGUUCCUGCAGUCAGGAAAAGCUGUAGACUAGACUAUUAAACACUGCACCUCAGUAACCUUGUAAUGCUGCAUAAAGUAAUAAUAAUAGCAAAGUUGUGCUUUGAUGACACUGUAAUGUGCUUGCACAUGCCUGCAAAAAACACUUCCCUUUCCUUUGGUAUCAGUCUGAGUAGCAGUUAUGGGACUUUUCUUUUAUGAUGAGCCUUGUCCUUUGCUGUGGUGUUCCUGUAUAUUUAUUGGUGGUCUGUGUGCAGCUCAUAGGUUUGUGUGUCUGCUCUGUGUGUUGCUUUUAACACUUAUUUUUAGGCAGGAGAAGUUUCUGAAUGUUUUGGUUUUCUUCUCCAAAGAAAGUUGGCUUAACCAGUCGUGUUUGAGAGGAGACAAUUAACCCGCUUGCCAUAGACAAGUGCUUCACUGGUACCUUGUUUCUCUACAACUAAAAUGAUUUUGUGCAUUUUAUUACUGUUUAUAGCGUUGGGCAUUCAAGAUGUGAAAUAACUUGAUGUCAGGAUAUUUUUGAAUAUCAGGAGCUUAACCACAGAACUCACUGAGUAAUUCCAAGUGGUCUCUUUGCAGGAAUCUGUUCAUGCCCAGACUUUUUCUGGGAGUAAGCAGAGCUUCUGGACAUCAUCAAUGAAAUCCGUGGGGUUCAGAGUCCCAGCACUGGGCAGUGCCCGUGCUGAGUUGCCCACACCUCGUUGUUGAGGGGAUGCUGCAGCUCCCCAGGCACAAGUUGAUUCUCUUUGCUCUGUAAUUUCUUCUGAUUCAAGUUUGAGACAUGAUCCAAUGUCUCUUGUAGCUUGUACCAACUUUCUUGUCUUAUUACAGUGCCCAAUGCCACUGUGUUGGUAUUUAAGCUUGCCGUGAUGUUCAAUUAUUUUAUAUUUCCAAUUUCUCAAUGUUACUAGGCUGGGGUUUAGAAAGCAUUUUUCAGUCUAAAUUCUGAGCCAAAACUGUGUCUCCUGACCCUUUUAGUAGUAGCUGUUUCUAUCUUUUAGACUAAAAAGGGCCAAAAAUCUUGCACCAUCAGCUUGUUUGCAGCAAUACUCUCCAUCUCCUCCCCUGCCUGUCAACCAACUGCUUUGUUUCUCUCUACAUUUAGCUCGUACUGAACCUGUUGAGUUUAGAAGUUGCUGCCUCUUCUUUCUGUCGAAAGGAAUGAACUUGCACCUGAUGAAGCAGUUUUCUGUUGGACACAAAUCUCUUGCCUUGGUGUCCCUGAGCUGCUACAUGCAAGGUUUAAUUCCAGUAGAAAUAUUUCUGUUGCAGUCAUUGGAGGGUGCAUGAUGGUUUAAAGUAUCCAAAUUAGAUAAGAGCUAGCAAACCACUGAAAAAAGACAUCCUUAAAAUACUUUAAAUUUAAAAAAAAAACAAAAAACAAAAACAAAGCAAACAGCAAACCAAAAUACCAAAAGCAGCAGCUGCAGAUGGACAGGGAGGACCUCCUGAAGGAGAUGGAGAACCUGUGGGACAUCAGGAUCUGUUGGGACAGAUCUACAAGGGAAAGAAAAAAGUGGAAGAGACAGAAAGGGCAGACUCAAAGUAACAGAGUGCAGUAGAAGUUAUUCAAACUCCUUUAAAAAUUAUCAAGUGGGAAAAUCAAAACAGAAUAUUGAUGCUAAUGAAGAAGCAGCAGAGCCUCCUUUGCCUCCUGUAGCAAAUAAAAAAGCAAAACCUGACAGCUGGUGUUUUCCUUCAGUACCUUUCAGUACUUGAAAAGGCCUAUAAGAACAAGGGGGGUGAACUUUUAGGAGGGCCUGUUGCCACAGGAUAUGGGGUGAUGGUUUUAAACUGAGGGAGGUUGGUUUGAAUUAGUGUUAAGAAGUUUUUUACUAUGUGUAUGAUGAAACACUGGUUGCCCAGAGAAGCUGUGGCUGCCCCAUCCCUGAAAAUAUCCAAGGUGUCAGGUUGGACGGGGCUUGGAGCAGCCUGGUCUAGAGGUCCCAGGUCACAGCAGGGGGAUUUGUCUGGGUGAGCUUUAAAAGAUCCCUUCAAAACCAGACUACUCUGUUAUUCUGUGACUGCUAAUUCAAAAACUAAUAUAUAUAUAAGGGGAAAAAGCAUGUUGUGUGUAUUUUUAGGGGUGCCUGUUGUUCUCCAGGACUGUGUUGUGAGCAGGUGGCAGUGCCUGUGACAGCCGCCCCCUGAAAUGAAACUCUGGUUUUGUCCAAACCUUGGAAUCCUUGGGUGAAACAGAUGCAGCUUCCAGUGGAUCCUCUGGUUCAGACAGCACCAACCCAAGGGGUUUUGUGAGCAAUAUGUGGCCCUUCUGUAGAACACAGAUGUCCUGGGAGAUUGCUGGGUGCCUGGGGGUGUGCCUGGCUCCCAGGAGCAGCAGCAGGCAGGUGUAGAGGUCAUUUUAGCACUGUAGCACUGCAGUUGCCCUGCUCUUACUCAGCUCUUACCUACCUCCCCAUUCCUGACCAGUCCCUCUCCCUCCACUCCUGUAUGGAACUGGCCAUGCUGAGGAUGCUGUGGCUGCCUGCAGCACAGCUCAGCUGUGCAUGUGAGGGUGGGAUGGUGACAAAAACCUGUAGAAACAAAGGACUGGGUAGGAGGUGGGUGGGUGUCAGGGGAGCUGUGAUCAGCUCACGCCUUUCAGGGACAUUGAUGGGGACAUCAGACAUGAGCUUGGGUAUCCUGAACUGUUUGUGUUGGACUUGAACUCACUGAGAGCAAGUAUGUGCCUUUUUCUGACCAGGAACAGAGCUGGAGAAACCUGUAUUUGCAUUGCUAGGAUGGUUAGUAUUUUUCUUGAACUAUUUUUAAGGCUCAAAGUCCUUGGUCAGAAUUGGUUUUGUGUUGAAUUACUUAAUCAAAGUGAGCCCUGAAUUAUUUGUGAAUUAGAACUACCCAGAGAGGAGAAGCUUUUAAAAUAAGUGGUUUCUGGAGAGUAAUGUCAUCAAAUAAACCUACUUCCUGGUAGACUUGCAAUUUUUUAAAAUAAAAUUUAACCUUGAUAUGUUUAUCUAAUGAGAAUCAUUAUUUCUGCCUUUAUUUGAAUGUUGCCUGUCCAGUGAUGUCCUCGCUCUUUACUGUGCUCCUGCAGCUUUCCAUACACUCCAUUGCCUCUCCCCUCUCCAUUUGGAGGUUGCAGGGACAUGUGGAAUGUUGUCCAGUGAACGUGGGGAGCAGUGCAAAGCUCUGACUCAGUGGGAACGUGAGGAUUAAGCAUCACAGAUAAGUUCAAAAAGCAGUUUGCCAGCAGUGAGGGGUGGUGAUGUCUGGGAACAGAAUCGUGUGGUCUCUUGGGUGUGGAAAAAGGAACAAUCCCCCAUCCUCUGACACCAGGUCCCCGCUGUAGACACUGCACUGUGCAGAAGUAGGCACCUGUGUGCUUAGAUGCCAGUUUGGGCUUUAAGCUGCUAGAAAAAAAAUGGAUUUUCAGACCAAAAUGGAAGAGGUUUUCCAACAGGUUCUAUUUGAAGCUGUUUUAGACAUUGGCAAGCUGUCCAGCCAGGAGCUCUGGAACCAGCUGGUCUGAAGCAGGUUCCCUUUCUGACCUGGGGGAAAUGAUUCUGCCUCAUUUCUCAUCUAGAAAACGUUUGUGAUGAUUCAUGUCGCCUUAUGAGAGUGAGUUACGGGGUGAUCUGAGGGUGAGCCUUGUUGUGACAGUGGUAACCUCAUGAUACAAACACGUGCACUUGUUGCACGUUUGCAUCUUCCAGUGAAUCCAGCUGGUUUGGAGCUCAUCCCUGCUGGGAGCUGAAGCUCUUCCCUCCCAUCCUAUUGCAGCUCUGACCGAGGCUGAAGCGGGGUCAGUCCCGUGUUUGCCAUCUUGCUUUCUUUAAACUAACCCAUUUGUUGUAAAACAGAUGCUCAGAGGGCAAGUUUAUUUAAGAGAAAGGGUUUUUUGGUCUUUUUUCAUUGCUGAGAAUUACACAGGUCUUUCAAAUGCAUUUGGCAGUUGGAAAAUUAAUGCUAUAACACUAUCUAGCAACACAAAAAUAUGGCUGUAUAUUGAGUUUAGGGCCAUGCUUUGCCCAUAAAUUAUAGAUCCACAACCCAUUUCAGUACAGGUGUGCAAAAUUAGCUUUUAAAAUAGUUACUAAUAAACUUCCAUUCUGCUUACACUUGCAAAUCUCUUAAAUAUCUUCAAAACCAGUUUCUUUGAUAGAAAAUACAUGUCUUGGUAGGUAGUGUCCACUCAGAUGUAAUAGCAAAGUGAUGCCCACUGGAGCAAUGCUGAAUUUAAAGAACUUUUUGAAGUUUUGGAACCUGAUGUACCAGCAGAGUGAAAACUUGAUUAUUGCUCCUGAAGUAGUGAAGAUAAUUGAACGCCAACAAAACUUGGUGAAAGGAAGAAUGCCAGAGAUGGAGUUUGGCUUCUGGCAAUUUUGCAGUGCAGAAUGGCUUCUUCUGGGUACUCGCUUUUGUGCAUCACUUCUCUCCUGUGGCUAUAGUGUUUACUUUUUUUUUGAAUUUGAUUUCUGUUUUUCAGUGAAAUCUUCUCAUUUUUGCAGUUUUCAGUGUUGAAUCUCACCUAGAGACACCUACAUGUUAUUUUCCUGUAGAAAAACCUGCUUCUAGCUCGUUGUGUUUGGUGUCUGUUUGCAGGCAGGUGUGAAAAGUGAGCUGCAGCACAGCAGUGGGGCGGGCAGAGCGAGUUUUGGGUCAGAAAUGUUGGUUUUACAGACACUGGUGUACAGAUCAGCAUUCCAGGGGAGCAGUGACACUUUGGGCUCACGGGGUAAGGACCUUCCCAGCUGCUGUUCUUGUCUCCUCCCUUGGUAUAAGCAGUUCAGCUCCCCAGGUAGCCUCAUGGUGGAUAAACGGUGCUUGAUGGGGAAAAACUGCUCUGUUCACGUGGCUGGAGGUGUGUGAUUGUGGACAAGGACAUUGUCUGGCAGCAGGUGUUACUUCAGAGCUUUCACAGUAAUUGGUAGUAUUUGGUUAUGAGCCAAUAUUAAAGGAUUUUCAGAAGAAGGUGGCUCAGGUGGCAUUGUGUGUGCAAUAAACACCACUGGCCAGUGAGCUGUGUUAGUUUUGGAGACUGCUGGAAGCAAUGUCACACAUAGAAAUUUUGCGUAUUUAAUGCCAUGUGUUUAAAUUGUUCAAAAAAAAGAAAUAGUCAUGCUGUUUGGGAUUCUUUUUCUGAAUAAAAUUCUAAGAAACCAGUCUGGUGGAUUGAUCCCCUCCCGUGUGUCUGCUCUUUCUCAUAUGCUGGUAACUGCUCCCCUGUUCUGGUCUCCCAUUGCUUCGGCAGGAGCGUGAAUGUGUUCCCACCGUGAAGGUCCUGGGGGCUUUCGAAGCAAAAGGGAAAUGUUUCAAGAGUAAAACAGAGCUGAGACGUUGCACAAAUAGAUUGUAGAUGGAUGGCAAACAAACUGGUAAAAGCCUUUAUUUUUACUUAACCAUCUUGACCAUGUGUGCCUCUUUGUACCGUGGGCUGCAGCCGUGCGGGGUGGGAGGGAACGUGUCGGUGUUUGAGAUGUACUUGCUAAGCAGAAGCCGUGUCCUCUGCCCCUUCUCCCUUUCCGGACAAAUUGUUCUUGCCAAAAUUUUCUACCUGUUGCAAGAGUUGCUUUCCUUCCAGCACAGUAAAAUGUCGACUUCUUUCACUGUUCCUUCCCUCUCGUAGGCAUCUGUAACCUCUGUACGACUGUGUAUAGGACACAGCAGUCAUCGAUCUCUGCUGGCUAUAGAUACCAUCAACUUGAGUGUAUUGUAAACGAACUGUAUUCAUUUGAAAAAUAAAAUUUUUUUUGAAAUGCA